UCAAAGCAAGGACAGGACUCCAAGGAAAAUGCUUCUCCAUUUUGGAAUAUUACUUCUUCUGUCCCAAGGACUCCUCGGCGAAGUGGACGUUUCGGAAGCUAUAGAUGGAGACAGCCGAAUUAUAGGUGGCAAAGAUGCCACUCCUGGUAUGGCAAAUUACCAAAUAUCAAUGCGUGGUCAUUACGGAAACGAAGAAUGGCACAGUUGCGGAGGAUCUAUUUUAAACGAACAGUACGUGUUAACAGCAGCUCAUUGCGUUUAUCAGAAAAACAUGAAAGAUAUGUCAAUAGUCGUUGGUACUCACACGGUCAAAAAAGGCGGCGACCGAUACAAGAUUAAGAAAUUGAUCCCCCAUGAGAAGUAUGAUAAGAAAAAGCUAAGAAACGACAUAGCUGUCGUACAGAUCGAAGGUAAAAUUAAAUACAGCGAUAAGAUUCAACCAAUUGAGUUGUUAAAGGAAAAGGCACCCAUUGGAAAGAAAUGUCUCUUGACGGGCUGGGGAUACGUAAACUAUAGACGUAGAACUGUACCAAACAAUCUUCAAAUGUUGGAGUUCCAAACAAUAAGUAAUGACGACUGCACCAAACAACUAAAACGCUCGCCUUACCCGACAUAUGUGCCUGUAGACGCCGGACAACUCUGCGCUAAGCGCCCGAACUACAAAGGUGCAUGCAAAGGUGAUUCUGGUGGUCCUCUCGUCAUGCAGGAUGAGAAGAACAAAACUGUUCAAAUGGGAGUCGUGUCCUGGGGAGUUCCGUGCGGUAAAGACUUUCCUGAUGUAUUUGCUUCAGUCCAUGGUUACUACGAUUGGAUACAGAGCAAAAUUAAAUGAAAUAUUGAAUAAAUCAAAACAUCUGAUCAAAAUAAAUAUCAUUUGAAAUAAAA